UUCCGCGGAUGCCAUAAGCAAUCCAUUGUGGAAAUACAGCAGCACGGCAGCAUGCUGUUCAUGUUUAAAGACAAAAACGUGCAAAAACAGCCAUGUGAGCCCGAGUGCUGUUAUAGAAAUGUCUCGAGGGCGGAUGAAGGGCAUUCGGACGACAACUAUCAAUUCGGCACAAAGCUCGUUUGCUUCGAAGGGGAGCACAUGCUCAGAGUAAAGGAAGAGUUCAUUCAUAUCAGAUGUUUUUGUACCCACAAUAAUGCUACUGUUCAUGAAGAUUUUCGUGCAUUCAUCAUCCCAAAAAAAGUGUCAGGGAGUUCAAUACCUUCCAACAAAACCAGACAAAACGAAAAUGAUGAGGUGCUCAACGUCUAUCUCAUCGGCCUUGACUCCGUUUCAAGGCUUAACUUUCGACGUUUCUUGCCCAACAUUGAAAAGCUUUUGAUCGACAAAUUUCACGGAAUUCCGAUGAUGGGUCUUAACAAAAUAGGCGUCAACACUUUCCCAAACAUGCUGGCCUUCCUUAGUGGCCUACAGAUGGAUCAGUUGAACCAAUCCCUGAGAAAAGAGCCAUUCGAUGACCUUCCAUUCAUUUGGAAAGAAUUCUCCCGAUUGGGCUACAUCACCAUGUUCAAUGAAGACACCCCUGAGAUCGCAACAUUCAACUACAAGAAGCAAGGCUUCUACAGAACCCCCACAGACUAUUACUUGAGACCUCUCUACCAAGCCAUCGAACAUUCUUCGUACGUGAAAAGCCGGAAAACUUUAUGCAUCAACAAAAGACCGCAAAUCGAUUUCCAACUGCAGUUGCUACAAGACUUCAUGAACGAGGCCACCACUCCUCAGUUUGCGCUGUUAUUCAGCAGUGCUCUCAGUCACGAAGGACCGCUGACCUAUGUCAAGGACAUGCAGGACCGCCUCCACCAGUUUCUGAUUUGGUACAAGGACACAGAACGAUACAACUCGUCCAUCAUGCUCUUCUUCAGCGACCAUGGCAUGCGCUUCGGACCGGUGAUGCGCACCGAGCUGGGCGGCUACGAGUCACGCAUGCCGUUCUUCUACGUGCUGCUGCCGCCGUGGUACGCGGUGCGGUACCCGCAGCGCGUGCGGCACCUGCGCGCCAACGCCCGCCGUCUGACCACCUUCUUCGACGCGCACGCGACGCUGCGCCACCUGCUGCUGGAGGCGGUGCGUUCUCAGUGCGCCCAGCUCAGCCUGCUGAGCGUCACCAGCGCCUUCCACCGGCUGUCGCAGCCGCAGGGCGUCGUCAAGGACACGGCCUACCAGGUGCAGGCGUUCGAGGAGUACGUGGUGCAGUUUGUCACCACGCCCGGCCUGGGAGAGUUCGAGGCCACCGUGCGCAGCCGGGGCGGGUCUGCACCACCCGAGGAGUUGCUCUCGGUGGUGGACGUGUCCCGGCUGGACGUCUACCGCGGCCAGAGCGACUGCCUGAAGCAGCGCUUUGACGAGAUGAGAUUUUGCUAUUGUCAGAGCUUGGUGCAGUGAAAUGUGGUCCUUUGGUCUCAGACUGAGUGUCGAAGCGUAGUAAAGAUAGAGUAUUCACUCGUGAUGCAGCACGGACUGCCGCCUUUCCAUGUCUAUGCAGCUUUGUGCCAUCAUUGUUCGUUCACUCUCCCUCACUUCAUUGUUUGACGGCCAUCGCUAAUGAUACAUUUGUUUGAUCGAAGCAAGUUUUUUUCGCUACAUAUGUUAAGUGUACGUGCACUGAUGUACAAUGCCAUACUGCAAUUCAAAUACACUCAUGUAUUUAUGACCGUCCCUUUCGACACAAACAACCACGCCAACUCGCCGCUCGUAUCAUGUCAUGUAAACAUGUGUAUCAUGUAAAUAAUUUCAUGUAUUCAAAAAGAAAACGAAUGUGGCUUCCAAGCGACAAGCGGAGUG